CGUAAUUAGGAUAAAACAAAAGUACAGUGAUCAAUAUGUUUAAUUUUUUUUUUCAUCAUGAUAUCCGUUUAGAAUAGAUAUGAACAACGUGAGCUGAGUAGAAAACUAUGUAAUGAUUUUUAAAUGUUGCAAAGGCUAAAAUGCGACAAACGUUAAAAUGGUGCAAAUGCUGGUUUUCUUUUGGUUAUUUUACCUUCAAAACAUCCUUUAAAAAAAUUGAAAACAACAGUAGUGUCAUAAUUUUUUUUUGAAAAAAGCAAGCCUACUUUCUAUAAUUGUUACUGACAUUUAGAAAAAUGUUGUAUAGAUUCUUUUUAUAUUAAAAUAAAAUAGCUAUUUUAUAACGCUAAGGAAUGAGGAAAUAAAUAACACUCCACAAAAAAAAGAAUUCAGCACUAGUAGUAGGUUAUCCUGCUGGAACAAAAAAUCCAGGUGAGCAUUGCAACCAAUUUCUUUAUAACAUUGAGAUAAAAAGUGAGUAAGUUGAGUCAUCAUCUUUUCAACUGCAACAAUUUGUGGAUAAGAAAGUUAGACCACUAUAAGAAACUAUGAAAGAUGUGUGGGAGCUAUUAAGAGAUGCUGUGAAUGACUUAAACCAUACGUUAUCAGUUAUCUCUCAAGAUAGUGAUGACUACGAUGGUGAUGGUAGCUUUUAUGAGGAAGAUCCUGACAAGAAUGCAAGGCGAGGUAAAACUACUCACGAAUCCAACGCUUCAACGGAAUGGGUUUGAAGAACCAUUAAAACCAACGACAACCGCUUCUGCUUUCCCUUUGGAAAAUUCAACAAGAGAACUUGGUUUAUAUGAACAAAAGGUCAACGCUUUGUUUCAAUCGGCAAUGAAUUCUGCGAAAUCUGAAGAGUAUAUAAAUCUAUUGAGAUUUAUUCAAAACCUUUAUCGAUUUAACAAAACAGAUGGAAAAGCGCAAAUAAUGUAUCCAACAGAAACAUGUGAAAAAAAUGUCAACCCAGAAAUACCCUUCGAUAGAUUCGGAAGAACACAGCCGGCAGUGCAAGCUAUGACCACUGCGGAAUUUCGUACUCACUCAAUGACAAUUAAAUUCGCGAUUUCGGAAAAACAAGAUGUCUUAAUUUAUAGCGCUGGGCUUAUUUUUAGAGGGCAAAUGUCAAACAAGUCGUCGUUCGAUAUGCAUCAAUGCCCAUUACGCAACAGCUCCACCCGUAAUAUCAAUACUACUGUUGAUUCGAAAGAAACGAUUUGUUGCGAAGAAAACCAAAGUAUGUUUGAUCUUGGGAAAAAACCCAUUCCGGCUACAAUCGUCACUGAAAAGGAAAAAAUUAAUUCAUUACGCAACCGUUUGGGUAAGCAAGAUAAUAAUGCUACAUUAAAUAAUUUUAAUUUCAGGGAUAAUACAUGUACACAAGAAACAAAUAGGAGACGUUCUAUUGCUACAUCUACGAUGGACUCUUCGUGUCAGUCUUUAAAUAACGAAUAUUACCGCACAGUUGAAACGAUUACAACGUGUGAUUUUGUAGUGCUUGCGCCUGGUAAAAAACUGCAGUUAAAAAAUAUCUUUCAGUUGUAUAUUCACUGCAUUCUUAAUCAAAUGAAAGAUGCCACCACCAAGGAUGUGCAGGUCUCUAAUAAAACUCAAUACGUAGUUGUACGAAACGCUUUAACCGAAAUAAUUCCAAAACGAACAACGAAUUUGUUUGACAUUGAAAAAAAUUACGGUAAACUCCAAAAUUCAGAGUGUACGGAAUUGGUUCAAAUGAAAAAAGACAACGAGGAUUUAGAAGAACAACUUGAUGUUUGUUUCCUGUCACUACAACAAUUACAAAAAGAAAACGGAGAUAUACGUAGUCAGCUAAAGGAAGCACAAAAGAAUAUUGAGAUAUGUAAUGAUUUAAAACAACAAAAUACGCUUUUACAAAUAGAUCUUGAUGAAACAAAAAAGAAAGUAACCUACAUGGAUUCUCAAGAGACGUCUUUAAAAACAUUGAGGAAUAAAGUAGAAUUAUUAAAAAACGAGCUAGACAAUUCUCGUAUGGUUGCAGAAAAAAUGAAUCAACUGUUGGAUGAUAUUAAUAAAGAUCAAGACGCAACGGUAACAAACCUCAAAAAACUCUGGAUGCGAGCAUGUGACGAUUCGGAAAGAUUACAAGCGCAAGUGAACACUCUUCAAAAUGAUUUAGCCAAUUAUCAUUGUCUUAAAAGUGAUUACGAUAAUUUGAAAGUAUUACAAGAAUCGCUUCAAAAAGAAGUUUUGAAUAAAAAUUGCACAAUUUCAGAAUUAACAGAAUCUUUAAAAUCAUUGCUAGACCGAGUGCAAAGCCUAGUUGAGAAGGAGUUUUAUAUGAUAGAUAAGCGCAGUCUACAUGAAAACCUACAGGCCUUUUUAGCGUUUCUAAGAUCACAGGGGGUAAUAAAUAUAUUAGGACGUUCUAGAGACUUUAUGUGCUAUGUUUUGUGCCAACUCUGUGGCUUAAGGGAAGGUGAAAUAUUCUUAUUUUUCGGCAUCAACGACUCUGUGCGUUCCCUUGUUGAGGAAGCUCGACUCAAAAUUCAUAACAAAUCGACUGGAAAAACUCUGUCGGCUGAAGAAGAAUUGCUGCAAGGCCUUCAAAUAAAAAAUAUUUCGCGUUUAGGAAUUUCAGAUAUGUUCAUUGAAUUUCUUCAAGAUGAAAUUGGCUAAAGCAUAUCUUGUACUUAUAAUAUAUUAUUUAAAAGAAAAACUUAUAAAAAGAAUAUAAACAAUCAUUUUCAUAACAUGUUGUAAUUUAUUUUUCUAAAAUCAA